AUGCAAUUUAAAGAAGAAAAGGUUUGUAAAGAUAUUGAUUAAAUAGAACGCAAAAAUGUAAUGUAUGAAAAUUUGGAGAGAUUAGCCAAAAAAUUAGAAUAUAAAUUUUAUCCAUACCAUAUAACUCAUUAUGGAUCCAGCUCAUCCUUAUUAUAUUCCAGCUCAGAGACAAGAUUAUAAAUAAAGAUUGACAGUGGAUACUCAUAAUAUGCUUAUUGAUGGAGUAAAAAGAGAUGUGAAUAAGUAAAAAUAAGUUGACAAAGCAAUUAAAAACUUAGAUAGACCAUAUAUGAAAGGCAAAUCUGGAGUCACUAAAAAUAUAACUGGUGGUCUUAGAGAUUACUUCCUUAUUGAAAUACCAUAUGCAUAGACAGGAAAUUUAGAGAAUGAAAGAAUUGGAAUAUGAAAAUGUAUU